AUGGCUCUCUCGGGAGCGCUGAAACGUUGCCAGAGGAUUGUUUCUUGGGUACCUGUUAUGAUCAUCACAUCGGUUGUGUUGUGGUCUUAUUACGCUUAUGUUUUUGAGCUGUGUUUGUUUACUCUCAGGAACACACUGGAAAAAGUGGCCUACCUUCUGGUGUUCCAUGUUUGUUUCGUGAUGUUUUCCUGGACCUACUGGAAGUCAAUCUUUACACCCCCCUCCUCACCUUCAAAAAAGUUUCAUCUUUCAUACACAGACAAAGAGAGGUAUGGAAAGGAAGAGAGGCCAGAUGUACAGAAGCAGAUUCUUGUUGAGAUAGCGAGGAAGCUCCCCGUUUUCACCCGAGCCCCAUCUGGAGCUAUCAGGUUCUGUGAUCACUGCCAGGUGAUAAAGCCGGACCGAUGCCACCACUGUUCCGCCUGUGAAAGGUGCGUCCUGAAAAUGGAUCACCAUUGUCCAUGGGUCAACAACUGUGUGGGCUUUAGCAACUACAAAUUCUUCCUGCUGUUCCUCACCUACUCCAUGCUUUACUGCAUUUUCAUUGCAGCAACCGUCUUCCGGUAUUUUCUCAUGUUCUGGGUGGGGAAACUCCCAAAUGGAUCUGCCAAGUUUCAUGUGCUUUUCCUACUAUUUGUGGCACUUAUGUUUUUUGUCAGCCUCAUGUUCCUCUUUGCAUACCACUGCUGGUUGGUGGCGAAGAAUAGAUCAACCUUGGAGGCCUUCACUGCUCCGGUGUUCCUGAGCGGACCAGAUCGAAGUGGCUUUGACAUAGGAGUCCGCAGGAACUUGGAGCAGGUCUUCGGAGAGGAAAGGAGACUCUGGCUGAUCCCAGUGUUCUCCAGCCUUGGUGAUGGCCAUUUCUUCCCCCUGAGGAGCCAGAAUGAAUCCCAGAAUCCCUUAUUAGCAAAUGAAGGACAGUGGGAGGAAGGCGGAUCAGAUGCAGAGAACACGGGGUCAGAGAAUGUGUUUGUACGCCUUUACUACAUUCUGCUGUUGGGAGUAUGA